AUUUAUAGCAUGCAUUGCAUUGCAAUUGCGAUAGAAGAGAGGAGAGUAGGAGGAGGAGGGUAAGGGUUUUCUUUCCUUGAAGCGGCCAAAGAGAGCAGCGGACUAGACUACAGCGGCCAGCCGGGAGUCGAAGUCGUCGACUCGACAAGCAGGAAAUGGCUCCGAAGCAGCCGAAUACUGGAUUAUUUGUGGGGCUGAACAAAGGCCAUAUUGUGACCAAGAAGGAAGCGGCACCUCGCCCUAGGGACCGUAAAGGGAAGACUAGCAAGAGGGUUCAUUUCAUCAGGAGUUUGAUAAGGGAAGUUGCUGGGUUCGCCCCGUAUGAGAAGAGGAUCACUGAGCUUCUGAAGGUCGGGAAGGACAAGCGUGCCCUGAAGGUAGCUAAGAGAAAGUUGGGCACUCACAAGAGAGCCAAGAAGAAGAGAGAGGAGAUGUCUUCUGUUCUACGCAAGAUGAGGUCUGCUGGAGGUGCGGAGAAGAAGAAGUGAGCAGAUCAGAGUGUGGUGUUCAAUUGAGAAGGCUAGGUAGUGAGAUGAGGAAUAUGUUAUGUUGUCUUUGACUCCGUCUCGGAAAUACUCUCUUAACUUUUGAUAUGUACUGUUUCAUUUUCUGAUGGAGCAACAUUAUGUCCCUGCACGUCAAUAGAUCCUAGUCGCCCUCAACGAUUGAAUAAGCA